UCGAGGUUCAUUCUAGAGAUUAUACGAGAGCAAUCGAAGCCAUUCAACCCGCGACUACUUUGCCCCCUUUUGCUGCGGCCUAUAGAUUUCGUUGUCGGGGUUUGAUUCCAUCGCGCUCGUCUCGAUCUCCUCUCCGAUGGUUAGUGGAUUCGGGGAUCGAUUGGUUCUCCAAUUGGCAGAUCAUUUGAUACAUAUGUGCUAAUUUGGUUUUCGCUUCUACGAAGUUCCAGAUUCUGGGAUCUGUAGCUAGCGAUCACGAUGAGUGAGGUAUUCGAUGGCUAUGAGCGCCAGUACUGUGAGAUCUCUGCGGCUCUCUCCCGGAAGUGCACGUCAGCUUUACAACUCGAUGGAGAGAUAAAGAAGCAGAAAGCCUCAGAAAUCAAAUCUGGAAUAGAUGAUGCUGAGAAUCUCAUUCGGAAGAUGGAUCUUGAAGCUAGGAGCUUGCAGCCAAGCAUAAAAGCAGGACUGCUAGCCAAGCUUAGGGAAUAUAAAUCUGACCUUAACAAUUUAAAGAGUGAACUUAAAAGAAUUACGAAUCCUAAUCCUAACCAGGCUGCAAGAGAAGAGUUGCUGGAAUCAGGGAUGGCUGACACAUUAGCUGCUUCUGCUGAUCAAAGGGGAAGGCUAUUGGUGUCAACAGAGAGACUCAAUCAUUCUACUGAUAGAGUAAAGGAGAGUAGAAGGACAAUGUUGGAGACAGAAGAGCUUGGUGUUUCAAUUCUUCAAGACUUACAUCAACAACGACAGUCUCUCUUACAUGCACAUGGCACGCUACAUGGCGUCGACGAUAACAUCGGGAAGAGCAGAAAAAUCCUCACGUCCAUGUCUAGGAGGAUGGACAGGAACAAGUGGAUAAUCGGCGGAAUCAUUGCAGCUUUGGUCUUCGCCAUUCUGAUAAUAUUGUAUUUUAAGCUUGUUCAUUGAAUCCCAGGUAUCUAGCUAAUCCUUUUUCGUCAGUGCACUUGCCAAACUUAUGUGAGAAUUGGUAGUGUGUCGUCUGGUACGGAUCUAAUGUUUGUGAUUUUUAUCAUUACUUGAUUCUCUACUGUAUUGCCUGAACUAGUACAUGCUUUCUCGUGUUAUAGUCUCAAUUUAAUAAGAGGCGUGUGCGAUGUAGAUGUGGCAAAUUUGCCAAUAAAAUAAAAAGGGUUCUUGUUCGAAUUA